UUAGUCGAUCAGCUGUUUGCGCUGUUUGUUGUGUUUCUAACCUAAAAAAAUAGUUUUCAAAAGUUAUUAUUUUGGUGGAAAUUAUUACAUUGAUUAACAUGAGAUAUCUUUCACAAAUAUUUCAACCUAUAAUAACCAUACCAAAGAAUGCUAAAAUUAAAAACACCGAAAUCACAUGUAAAAGUCAAAAGCUCCUUUUAGAAUGUGGUCUAGUCCGUCCAACUGGUACCGGCUUCUUCUCAAUCCUCCCGCUUGCUAGAAGAUCCAUAGACAAACUAGAGGUGCUGAUCAGAAAAGGCAUAGAGUCUGUGGGAGCCCAGAAUAUAACGUUGCCCACACUAACACCGUCUAGUUUGUGGGAGAAGACGGGACGGUUGGGCAGCGAAGCGGAGUUGUUGACAGUGGAAGAUAGACAUGAAAAACAGUAUUUGUUAGCGCCUACAUAUGAGGAGGCCGUAGCUGAUCUGCUGUCGGACGUAGGCCCCAUUUCUUACAAGCAACUACCUCUAUUAUUAUACCAGAUAAGCAACAAAUUUAGGGACGAACAUCGCCCGAAACACGGGUUGUUGCGUGCGCGGGAGUUCGCCAUGAUGGACGCGUACGGCGCUCACGCUACGCUCGCUUGCGCCGAGCGAGCGUACGAGCGUAUAUCUGAAGCGUAUAGGAGAAUAUUUGAAGAGUUACAGUUGCAAGUUUUUAGAGUAUCAGCGCCAUCUGGCGUCAUGGGCGGGUCAGUAUCUCACGAGUGGCAGCUACCAGCCGCGCCCGGGGAAGACAGGCUGUGUGUUUGUCUGUCGUGUCAUCACGCCUCAACUAGCGAAGGGCGGUGUGUUGUGUGCGGGGGCGAGACAGAGAGUCUGGGUAGUAUUGAGGUGGGUCACACAUUCAUACUUGGUACCAAAUACAGCGACCCAUUGAAGGCUCACUUCAUCCCGCCCAGCGGCCCGGCAGAGCCUCUUGUCAUGUCGUGCUACGGCAUAGGAAUUACCAGACUAUUAGCUGCUAGUCUAGAAGCCCUAUCUAGUGACAAGAGUUUAAGAUGGCCGCGGCACAUAGCACCUUACAGCGUCCUAGUCAUUGGUCCUAAGGAGGGCUCCAAAGAGUGGUCCGCCCACGGCGUGGACUCCAUCGACCGUUUAUAUCGAAGACUGAGUGAAGUCCCCGGGUUGACCAAUGACAUUCUAGUUGAUGACCGACACACGCUUACCAUAGGAAAGAGACUGCUAAUGGGUGACAAAAUGGGCUUCCCAUACAUAAUUGUAUGCGGCCGGUCCACCCUUGAUAACCCGCCUAAAUACGAAGUGUACAAGAGUGUGCCGCACCAGCAGUCCGCCCCCGUGCUUCUUAAUUUGGAAGAGUUAUUAAUAAUGUUGACAGACAAGGUGGAGUGUGAUAACCUAAAAAUUUUGGAAAAUAAAAAUUGA